CAACUCCAAACAUUUCAAUUCAAAGUUCAAACAUACACUCAGACACACACACACACACAGCGGAACUGAGAAAUGGAGAAGAUCUGCGUUGCUGUGAGAGUGAGACCGCCGGUCUCCCAAGAUGCCUCCGUCGCAACCUACUGGAACGUCGAGGACAACCGCAUCUCCCUCCACAGGCCACACGGCACUCCCAUCUCCGGCGCCUCUUACGCUUUUGAUCAUGUGUUCGAUGAAACCUGCUCAAAUGCUCAAGUUUACGAGCUUCUUACCAGGGAUUUAAUUCAUGCCGCGGUGAAAGGGUUCAAUGGAACUGCAUUUGCGUAUGGACAGACCAGCAGUGGAAAGACAUUCACCAUGAAUGGUUCUGCAAAUGACCCGGGAAUUAUUCAUCGUGCAGUGGAAGAUAUAUUUGAGAAAAUACAAGCCAUGUCUGACCGAGAGUUUCUCAUUCGAGUUUCCUACAUGGAAAUUUACAAUGAAGAAAUUAAUGACCUUUUGAGCCUGGAGAAUCAGAAAUUGCAGAUCCAUGAGAGUUUGGAGCGUGGCAUAUUCGUUGCGGGACUCAAGGAAGAAAUUGUAAACAAUGCUGAACAGGUUCUUCACCUUAAAGAGUCUGGAGAAGUCAAUAGGCACUUUGGUGAGACAAACAUGAAUGUUCGAAGUAGUAGAUCCCAUACAAUAUUUAGGAUGGUAAUUGAAAGCAGGGGAAAGGAUACCAACUCAUCUAAUGGUUAUUCAGGCAGUGAUGCCGUCCGUGUUUCAGUCCUGAACUUGGUAGAUUUAGCUGGUUCUGAGCGGAUUGCUAAAACUGGAGCAGGUGGAGUACGGUUGAAGGAAGGAAAGUACAUUAACAAGAGCUUAAUGGUUCUCGGAAAUGUAAUUAACAAAUUAAGUGAUGGUGCAAAACAAAGGGGGCAUAUUCCUUAUCGUGAUAGUAAGCUAACCCGUAUACUUCAAUCUGCUCUCGGUGGUAAUGCCAAAACUUCAAUUAUAUGCACUCUAGCACCAGAAGAGGUCCACAUUGAGGAAACAAAGGGCACUCUCCAGUUUGCUAGUAGAGCCAAGCGUAUUACUAACUGUGCCCAAGUGAACGAGAUUUUGACAGAUGCUGCUUUACUGAAAAGACAAAAGUUAGAGAUAGAAGAGCUGCGUAAUAAGCUUCAGGGGUCUCAUGCUGAAGUACUGGAGCAAGAGAUUUUAAAACUUAGGAACGAGAUGCUUAAGUAUGAACUAGAGCGUGAGAAGCUUGAAAUGCAACUGGAAGAGGAAAGACGGUCACACAAAGAACGUGAUCAAUGCAUCAGAGAGCAGCAGAUGAAAAUUGAAAAUCUGAGUAGUCUUGUUACUUUUUCAGAUUGUGAUAGGAACUCUAGUCAGGAACAUGAUUCAAGGAGGGAAAGCCCUAAGGAAGAAGGCAUUGACAGCACUAUUAAAUGCCAAGGAGACAUUUUCGAAACUCCUUGCUUUAAGGGAGCUCCCAAUAACUUUGUUGUCAAGCGUUCAAAUUACUCAAACCCACCUGAUUUUAGCCCACUUCCAGAUUCUUUUAGUGAUGUGGCUGACGAGGACACUUGGUUCAAAAUGAACAAAGGUUAUGUACCAGACCUAGAUUCACUUCAGAUGACUCCUGCAAGAAAAGUUCAGUCCUUUCCACCAAGCGAUGUAACACUAACUCCCGUUCCUUCAAAUGAGGAUUAUAAACAAGAGCUUGAAAAUCUCAAGAGACAAUUAGAAGUCUUAACUGAAGAGAAAAAUGAACUCCAGAGAAAGCACACAGAGCAAAUACUAUUGAAUGACCAAUUAAUGGGAGAAGUAUCUGAACUAAAACAUGAAGCCAAGAUUAUUCAAGAAAUCCCUGAACGAUUGCACGAGUCUGUGGCUAGUUGCAAAGAUAUUUAUGAGGAUGUUAUGUCAACAAUGCAGAGCUUUGCAUCAAAUGGUGAAUCUUCAACUGCAAAAUUGCUCUCUGGCACGAGUGAAAUUGGUAGAACCCUUUUCUCAACUUUGGAAACUCACUUUGCAAUGGUUAUGAAUCACAAGCCCGUCCAUGCAAAUGAUUCUGUAUCCCAAGAGCAAUACAAAGAGCUUUCUGAGAGUCUGAAAAGCACAGUGACAUCCUUAGUUCUAUCAGAAAAACCAAUGGAGAAUAAACAAGUGAAGAAUCCACAAUGUAGUUGCAACUCUAAGGAAUACACUUGGGAUGGAGAAACUGCUGGCUGGAUGGAGAAAUCUAGCAAUGGACUUAAUAGUAUCAAGGAAAAAUACCAUGACUUGGAGAAGGGCUUAGAUAAGAAUAACAAGUUGCUAGAGGUUUCUAAGGAAAGGUAUGGUAGCUUGGAAAGAGAGUUUAAGCUACUCAAAGAAGAACGAGACUCUUUGCUCAGAACAGUCUCUGAAUCAUCUCAACAGCUUGCACUACUUACUGACCAAAAGGAAAAUGUCCUGAAGGACUUGAGCACUGAAGUGCAGAGAAGAAAACGCCUUGAAGAGGAAAUCAAACAAUUUAGUGUAGCUUUUGCUUCUCGGCAGAGAAUACUUGUGUCUAUCGAGAAUGAGUUUCAAUCUACAAUUGAGAAAAUGAGAGCUCAAAAUCCAGUUUCACUCCCCAAAUCUCUUGGGUCUUAAAACCACAAAUAAUUAGGGCAUUCAAUUAUCUUUGUUGUCUGUUUCUGUACUAAACUAACUGUUGUGUAUUUAAGUAGUUCUCUGUCUAUCUACUGGUGUAUAUGAUAUGGUAGCUUGGUGUUAUGAAAUGGUUUCAUCAUUCCGAAGGUCAUCCUCGAUUCAUAUUGUCUGAUCAUCUGGUUAUGAUUGCUAUCAAGAGUCUCUCCGCUUCCAAUCUAUGAACUUCAUUUUCUUUGCUUGUUUGAUCGCUUUGCUAUCUCUUUUAUCUUGUUUGGGGUGGUAAAUGUAAUUUGCCUUGAGAAAAUUCUUUUUGAUCUCAGCCAAGGAGUAGGUAACAAUCUUUUCCAACAGAAAUCAGCCUUAAAUCAUUCCAGUUCAAGCAAGUAAUGAAUCACAUUUUCGCGU